AUUUGCUUGGUUUAUUCGAUGAGCCAAUUUAGUUCAUGAUGGAGUUGUUGAAAGUAUAUAAUAUAUCCACUUAUACUUAGCUGUUGUCAUGGUAACGCCUACUCCAAACAAACUCGUGAUAACACAUAUUCUACUUACCAACUACGCCUAUUCUUUAAUAAUUUGACUCUUUCUUAAAGUAUAUCCCUUAUGAUAAGCAUUGUGAAGAAAAUAGUCUAUAAAUGGUCUGUACCGGUGCGAUUUGUGGGAUUUGAGAAACACAAUUUCUCAAUUGGAAUUUCUUUGCUGAUCAGCUAUCUAUGAUGAAGUUUGAGAAAUGGCUGGUUCAGAGGAUGGUUUUCAUCUUCACUUUGCUGGUGAUUGUGAAUGGCCAGACUGAUACCUGUACUGGGAACUCUCAAGUCUUUUCAAGCUUGAAUGCUUCUGCUUUACCAUUUGAUAAAUCGGCCCUGCAUUGCAGUUCUGUUUGGAGUAGUUACAAUUAUGUCUUAAGGUAUUCACAGAACAGCACAAAUAUAUGGAGCUUCGUACUCUCUGCAACAAACAGGCAAAGCUGGAUCGGAAUAGGGUUUUCAAGCAGUGGUUCCAUGGUGGGGUCUAGUGCAAUCGUGGGUUGGGUAGACCAAAGUGGUUCUGGAGCAGUUAAACAGUAUUAUCUUGGAGGCCAAUCAACACAGGCAGUUAAUCCAGAUCAGGGGAACUUGAACAUAGUUAAUAACUACACAACUCUUAUUGUUGAAGGAUCUACUAUUUACUUGGCCUUCCAACUACAAUUCAGUACACCACUUACAGUGGCAAAUAUACUGUAUGCUGUUGGACCUCAAAAUAGUUUCCCAGAUUCUAAUUACAGAUUGACCGAACAUCAGGCAAAAGUUGCAACUGUAUUUGACUUCUCCACAGGUGCAUCAUCACAAUCAAGCUCUACAGACAACCUUAGAAAAAGUCAUGGAGUUCUAGGUCUUAUAGGUUGGGGUAUUCUUCUUCCUCUAGGUGUCAUCAUAGCUCGACAUUUUCGACAAUGGGAUCCAGCUUGGUUCUAUCUACAUAUUGGAUUUCAAAUGGCUGGAUUCAUCCUUGGCAUUGCGGGAAUAUCUUUGGGAUUUAAACUAUCUAACCGCUUGAGUACUGAUGUUGAUACCCACAAAGCUAUUGGAAUAAUUAUGCUCGCAAUAGGAGCCCUUCAGGUAGCUGCAUUAUUUAUAAGGCCGCAAAAAGAUUCAAAAAUUCGAAAAUAUUGGAAUUGGUACCAUCAUUGGUUUGGGCGGAUUCUCCUUAUUUUGGGUAUUGCAAAUAUAUUUUAUGGAAUUGAUUUGGCAAAUGCCGGAAGUUCAUGGAACAUUGGUUAUGGCAUUGCACUCGGACUUCUUGCUCUAUCAAUUUUACUUCUUGAGAUAAAAUUGUUUCUUUCAACUCCUCAAAAAACUACAAAGAUUCCUCCUUCAACCUCGCCAACCUUUGACAAUCAUAUAUAAGUUUUUGUAUAACACAAUUCUAUUUUGUAGAAUACAGGAAAAUAGUUAAACAUUUCUAUAACAGUUUUAGAUGAUUAUUUAAAUUUAUCAGACAUUUAUUCUUUUGUAUACAUAUUUUUAAAAGGAGUGAGAAACUUGUGUAUCUA